AUGGCGGAAUUCCAGUCGCCGGUCGUCGGAGCUCUCACGGUCAACUAUCUAAGCUACGGAUUGCUCACCGCCGUCAACAGAGCGUGGGCGGCGUGGCUGACCUUAAUCACCGCCGUCGUCGGAUUCUGGAAGGUUAGGGCCUUGCAAUCGAAGCCGGAGGAGGAGGAGGAAAAGGAACUCCGACGCCGUGAAGAUUCUCGGACGGCGGAGGAGGCGGCGCCGGCGGUUGUCAAUUCGGAAAAUCUGCGGCGGUUGUCGUCGCCGGCGCCGUACGCCGACGGCAGUCCGAAGGUGAAAUUCAGUUUAUACUUUGGGGAGGAAGAAUUGGGGGAAAUGGAUGAGUGUGUAAAUGAGGACAAAUGCGGCGGAGCUAAGGAGGCGGCGCCGUCGCCGGCGGUGGCGGAGGAUUUAGCGGCGCGGUGGUGCGACGAUUGGGAGAGAUGGACGGUGGAGAUGAGGAAGGGAGACCUGGGAUGGUACACGUGUCAGGAUCUGAGGAUGUUGGAUGGUAGUGUGGUGCGGUUGUGGGGAACGCCUAGACGGCGGAGGUACGCCGGCGCCGUUGAACUGUGGCCGGAAAACGUCGUCGUUUGGUAG